AUGGCAGAUCUGAAAAUGCACCACGAUGGCUCGACUGUCCUCGUCCCGCAACCAAGUAGCGACCCAAAUGAUCCAUUGAAUUGGAGUGUGUUGAAGAAGCAUGCCUUCUUGUUUGUAAUCGCUGUUACUGCUUUUUUGCCGGAUUAUGGAUCCAGUACUGGAGCGAUCACGAAUUUGGUGCAGCCUGCAACCUUCGGCGUUCCAGAGAAUAUCGUCAAUCAUGCUCUAGUCGGAAACCUUUUCAUGCUGGGCGCAGGAGGGAUUUUUGUUGUUGCUUUAUCGGCAUACUUCGGGAGACUUCCAGUAUUGUUCUGGUUCUCAAUUGUAGCGCUUUUGACUGCUGCAUGGUCGGCUGCUGCUACGACGUUGGAGAGCUUUGAGGCGGCAAGGAUUCUGCAUGGCUUCUUCUCUACCGUUGCUCAAGCCGGCGGCUUGAUGUUUAUCAAGGAUAUAUUUUUUGCUCAUGAGCAUCCUCGAAAAAUCAAUAUCUGGUCCUGCUUCAUCGUCGUCUCUCCUUACCUAGGACCUUUCGUCGCGUCCUUCAUAACGUGGAAAUCGACUUGGCCUUGGGCAUACUGGGUGCUCACUAUCCUUUGGGCAGUGGCUCUCAUUCUCAUAGUCGGCAUCAUGGAUGAAACAUACUACGACCGAAAAAUUCCUCAAGACCAGCAACCGAAACGAAAGUCGAGACUGCUCAGACUCAUUGGUGUUGAGCAAUGGCAUAGCCGUCAUCAAAGAAACACGUUCUUGCAAGCUAUGAGCAGACCCGCAAUUGCGAUUACCAAAGUUCCUGUAAUUCUGGUAACGCUGUAUUAUGUCUUUACUUUUGGGUGGGUGAUUGGACUCAAUGCCACUACUGGGGUCUUUUUGCAUGAGUUAUAUCACUUCAACUCUGAAGCAUCAGCACUUUAUUUCUUUGCUCCAAUUGUAGCAACAGUCCUCGGCGAGAUCACUGGCCAUUUCGUCUUCGACUUCUCCGCACGCAUCUAUCGCAAACGCAAUAACGGCAAUCUCGAGCCAGAAGCACGUCUUCUACCUCUUUGGUUCGCAACUCCCCUCAUGGUCCUCGGCAUCGUGCUGCUGGGUUUCACACUCGAGAACCACUGGCACUACAUGGUGAUGGCCGUGACCUGGGGGCUCUUCGUCUACGGUAUCAUAAUAUGCACGACGGGCAUCAAUUCGUAUCUUCUAGACGCGUAUCCGGAAGCUUCGGGUGAAGUUGCCGCUUGGAUCAACUUUGGACGAACAGUUGGAGGAUUUAUUAUCACGUACUAUGAGAUUCCGUGGAUCACGGCGAUGGGGACAAGGAAUGCGUUGGGCAUACAAGCAAGUAUUGUGGCAGCGGCUUUUGGGUUUAUUGUUGUGUUGCAGUUCUGGGGGAAGAUAUUGAGAGAGUUCUCAGGAAGUGUAAAGUUUGCUACUGACUAG